UGGCUUCAUUGCUUCAAGCUCCUACGAGGAACGCGAGCUCCCUACGAAGCGACUGUCUCCUGAUCGGCUGCAACCGGGCACCGGCGCCUAGGGAUGACGCUAACAAAAUAAAUAAAUAAACAGAAGUCAGCCUGAGAGCCAGAAGCGUGAGCGAGUGCUAGGCAAGCGCAGUGCGCCAGCCGGGGAGGCAGUUCCUUCCUCCGUCGGUAUGAGCGGCGGAGGGACUGAGACCCCUUCGGGAGGCGACGCCGCCCCGACCCCCGCCGCGGGCCCGGUGGGAGGCAAGAAACGAGACUCGCAGGGACCGACGAGCUCACCAGUUCAUCUCAUUAUCAAGGAUCUGGGAGAGAUUCAUUCUAGGCUAUUAGAUCAUCGACCAAUUAUUCAAGGAGAAACACGUUACUUUGUGAAAGAAUUUGAAGAAAAACGGGGCCUCCGAGAAGUGAGAGUUCUUGAGAAUUUGAAGAAUGUAAUCCAGGAAACAAAUGAACAGAUUCUUCCUAAAUGUAAAGAAACAAUGCAGGACCACCUGAGCCAGGUUCUCCAAAGAUUGCAAGCAGCCAGCCACUUAGUCCAUAAACUUCAGCAGAAAGAGCAGGAACAAAGACAGCUUCAUAAUCAACACUUGUUGAUUAGUGAAAAACAGCGCAUAGCCCAAUGGGAAGAUUUCAUGAAAGAACAACAAAACAAGCAGGCUGCAGUGGAUGAAGAGCACAAAAAAGCCACAGAACGCCUUAAAGAACAAUAUUCUGAGAUGGAGAAAGAUUUAGCUAAAUUUUCAUCUUUUUAAGGACUUGAAUAAUAAUAUAACAGUACAAAAACUUUUCUCUCCACUGUGCCAAAAAAAAAAAAUCACCAAACUUAAUUGUCUUCUGUUACAAACUUAGCAAUAUGUUUGGUGGCAAUGCUGUAUCGAAAAGUUGAUAAUAAAGAUUAAAAAUUUUGGUAGAGUUCAAAUUUAAUGUUCAUUAUGAAAAGAAGAGUCCUAUAUGCCUCCAGCUUUUAAGUGCCUCUGUGUAAUUAUUUAGAUGGGAGAGUAGGAGGAAGAAUGGAAUGAAUUGAUUCUUAUGCUUUCAAAAUUUGCAAUCUGCCCAUGCCCACUGAAUAGAUAAGAAAAUGGCAAAUGUAGCAGAAUUCUCAGGCUAUGAAAGGUAAUCUAAUCCAUUCUCAUACAUGAGAAUUAUUGUUGAAUUGUUAUAUUUGUUUAGACAAUUUAUAUAACUAAUUAUCAGCCAUCUCCAGACUAUAGGAGGGAAAUGCAUAUUGUUCUUAUGUGAAUAAUGUUCACUAAAUACUAGCCUUGAAACAGUUUGGAGUGGAGGUGAAAAUCUAAAUAGUUUCAGGAAUAGCAAUGUCUCUGUUGAAUAAUACACUGCCUAGGAUAUUGGUGUGAACUAUGCAGUCACAUCAUGACCAUAUAUUCCAGUGGAGUAAGAUAGCGAGAUUCUUACAUAGACUAGUGGCCUUUUAACAGGUAAGAUUUUGAACUUUAAAAAUUUGUUUAAAGAAGAGCUUACCAAAUAUCUGGGUUAUGUUUUUUACCCUUUUCAUAGAAUCAUGAUCUUACCUAUAGUAUUUACCUCAUUAUAUGUCUGUUUUGCAGAUGAUUAAGCCUUUUAAGUUAAACAGUAUCCACACAUUUUACAACUAUAUGAGUAAUCAAUUCUUUUGGGAUUACAUAUGUAUUCUGGCUCUGGAAAAACCAAAAGUGUUGACUCACAUAGUAAAAAGGCCAUGUUAGACCUCAAGAUAUUUUUAGUGACAAUGUGUAUUCUCAUAAGCAAAUGUAUUAUGAUGUAAAAUGUACCAAUGCUGUCAUCACUGUGAUCUUUAAAAUAUGCAUUUAACAAUCUUACCUUGAGAAUGUAAGUUGUAUUUCUUUGUUUAGUCUUUGUAAAUCAAGAAGAAAUCAAAUGCAAUAAUAAUUACAGGAGGAUAUAUGUUGUAAAUGAGUUCUAAAGCAUGAAUAAAUAUUUCAAAUAAUAUUAUAACUGCUAUGCAGUGAAGAAAGGAACAAGGAAAAAAACUCUUGUUAUCUCAGUGUUGUGACUACAUAAAGUCGACAAUGGUUGCCUGUGUAAAUUUAUGGCUUAGUAUCAAAGCUCCAUUUUUGGCAGCAUGUUGAAAAUGUGAUUAAAGUUAGUAGAGGAGACAGAAUAAGUAUUUGAGAUUUCUUUCAAUAACACUGAACUUCAGCCAACUUUUUCUGUCCGCUACCGUAAGCCUGACAGGUUCAUCAAUCAUCUUGUGGUACAUGGAGUAAAAAGAGUCCUUGCCGACAGUAAGGCAUGUUGGAAUUUUGUUAAUUCUUUUUCGUGGAUGGGAAAAAAAAAAAAAAAAAAAAA